AUGGCCGAGAAGUACAACAUCGAUUCAAGUACCAAGCUAAAGGCCGACGGAGCCAACUACCGUGAGUGGUGCGUGAAGACACGCGCCAAGAUCAACCAGCAACGUCUCGGGAAGUACUUGAAGCCGUGUACUGCCAGCAAUGGCAUGUACCUCGAGGGCUUCACCGAGGAGACGAUCUCCGGCACCACGACGUACGGCACGUGGGAAGCCCUUCGCGACAUCUACGAGAGUGCGUCAGAAGUGAACUAG